AUGCCAGCAUUAACCACCACUGCAAUUCCUCAAUUGCCCAUCGGGACUAUCAUCCAAGAUUUGGAGAUCGUCAAAGUCCUGAGCAUUGGUCCUUAUGGCCAAGUUUACAUGGCUCGUCAUAUCCAGACAUUUAAACGCUAUGCCAUCAAAUCUCUACCUCAUGUCGGCUUCGAUUCCCGUCAACUUGCCUUUCAGCGCAACGAAAUCACAUUGCACUCCCAUCUUUCCGACCAUCCGCACAUCAUCCGACUCGAAAAAGUAGUACAAACCAGUGAAUGGACACAUGCUAUCCUGGAAUAUGGAUCUGAGGGUGAUCUUUUCUCGGCCAUUACAGAAAAGAGCAUCUAUCACGGCAACCACGCUUUGAUCAGAGAUGUCUUUUUGCAGCUCAUUGACGCCGUACGCUACAGCCAUGACAACCACAUCUUUCAUCGAGAUUUGAAGCCUGAAAACGUCCUUGUGUUCAACGGUGGAAGAACAGUGAAAUUAGCAGACUUUGGAUUAGCUACAACCGACGCCAUUUCAACAGACUAUGGCUGUGGAUCCACUUUUUAUUACUCUCCCGAAUGUCAAGGCGGCCUAGACAGGCAGAAACGAGUUGGUUAUGCAACAGCUCCUAAUGAUGUUUGGGCGCUAGGUAUCAUUUUGAUCAAUUUAUCCGCAGGCCGUAACCCCUGGAGAUUAGCCUCUUUGGAUGAUGAGACUUUCUGCGGUUUUCUCCAUGAUCCCAACUUGCUGCUCAAGAUUUUGCCCAUCUCUGCUGAACUCAACAAAAUCCUCAAGCGCAUCUUUUGUCUCGACCCUCAUCGCCGCAUCACCUUGGAUGAGCUGUAUAUAAGAAUUCAACGUUGUACAUAUUUCACUCGUACUCCUGAAGUAACUCGAUAUGAAUCUAUGAUGGCAUCUACUGUAAUUAACACCAAGAGAACAAAGAAAGCCAAGAACAGACCCUCGAAAUUGCAACUGUUUAAUCAGCCCAUUAGUGUCGAUUUGCCCUCGCCACCUCAAACACCCAGUCAAGAUACCAUGACAUCCUCCAGAAGCAAUAGCAGCAGUGGAAGCAGCAGCUACAGCAGCAUAGCUUCACUGGCAGAUCACCAUGUUGGCACGGUCCUUGUGAACAACAAUGCUACAGCUGAUACCUUCUUUUCGCCUAAAACAGGGGCUGAUACCACCAAUCUAGACCCCCACUACAUUCAAGUCGUGGUCUAG